GGUGAGAGUCGGGCUGGGUGCUAGCUAGGAGGCGGUGAUGCUGCGACGUUAGCCUCCAUGCGGCUGUCACUAAGCACAUCUGCGUCUCUUUUUCGGCCAGCUUAGUCCGCAGGAAGCUGCUACCAACCCCGCUUCUCCUCCACACUUAGUCCGCAAGAAGUUGCUACCGUCUCACCCCGCUUCUCCUGAAACUUUGCCCGGAAACGCGCCAUGCAGUCAGGCGGCACCGAGAGCGGGGACUCGGACUUGGACAGAGUCGACACACCGGAAGUGGAACUUUUCCCCGACGUGACCCUUCCGACCGGCGCCGAGGUUGAGCGGCCGCCGACGGGCUACGAGUUGCGCCUUCUCGUCCACGAAAGGACGUCGCGAACCCCGAGUCCUUUGUUAAGGUCCAACUGGGAUGACGACUCGGAGGCAGAGUCCUUCAAGGACGGAAGGACCGAGGAGGUGGACCGGGAGACCAAGGAGAGGGCGUUCGCCUGGUGUCGGGACUUCCUGUCCGGAGCGUGGAAGACCAUCGAGCUGGUGGACUUUCAGAUAGGCAUCGUCAGCGGUGGGCUCAGUAAUCUGCUGUACCUGUGCGUCUUGCCUGAAAAUGUAAAAACUGUAGGAGGGGAGCCUCGCCAGGUGCUCCUCAGAGUCUACGGCGCCAUCCUUCAGGGGGUGGACUCUUUGGUAUUGGAGAGCGUCAUGUUCGCCAUACUGGCAGAACGUACUCUAGGGCCCAAACUGUACGGCAUCUUCCCAGAAGGCCGCCUGGAGGAGUAUAUUCCUAACACCCGCAUGUGCACCAGUCAACUCUCAGAACCCAACAUCUCCGCCGAGAUUGCCACCAAGAUGGCGCGGUUUCACAAAAUGGUUAUGCCUUUUAACAAAGAGCCCACGUGGCUCUUCAGCACCAUUAACAGGUACAUGGACCAGGUGAUGGCCUUGACCUUUACACGUGACGCCCAUGUGAAGAAGUACAAGAAGCUGAUGAAGCUCAACCUGCCAACUGAGCACAAGAACCUCCGUGCAUUACUGGCAGCGACUCCAUCACCCGUGGUCUUCUGCCACAACGAUGUUCAAGAAGGUAAUAUUCUGAUGCUGCACAAAGGGGAGCGAAAUUCAACAGAUAGACUGAUGCUAAUUGACUUUGAGUACAGCAGCUACAACUACAGGGGCUUUGAUUUCGGAAACCAUUUCUGCGAGUGGAUGUAUGACUACACCUACAACAAGUGGCCCUUCUACAAGGCCACACCAGAGGAUUACCCCAGCAGGGACCAACAGCUGAUAUUCAUCAGAAGUUACUUGGGGGAGCUGAGAAGAGUAGGAGGAAGUGGCGACGACAGUGUGGACCAAAGGCAGAUAGAGGACAUGAUCAUUGAAGCCAACAGGUAUGCUCUGGCAUCACACUUCCUGUGGGGCCUGUGGUCCAUCAUCCAAGCAAAGCUCUCCAAGAUUGAGUUUGGCUACAUGGACUACGCCCAGUGCCGCUUUGACGCCUACUUCAAGCAGAAGAAACUCUUCUCCUAAACAUCUCCUUGCACUCCUCUGGAUGGAUUCUACCUUUUUUUCCAUCCGAGUCCUUCAUCAAACUUUCCCAUAUUUCAAUAUUAAUGACAACUAUGUUGGCGUCCAGGUGAAGCAGGGCUGAAAAAGAAAAAGGUAACCCCAAAGUUUCUGUGCUUUACUUCUGUGGACCACUUUCUGUCAUGUGCGUCAGGAUUUUAAACGUUUUUUUGGGAGUUUCAAGCUAACUCGCUUCCUUUCACGGUUAUUCCGUCCAAAAUGUGCGGGCAGCUGCACCUACCAGAUGAAGAAAAGAACUCUGAUUGCACUCAAAUCAAAAGCCUUCUACUAUUUAGUGGCUUGACGGUUUUGUAUGAUGGACUUUUAGGGCCACACUGGGUAAUAUUUCAUAAACUGCAGGAAUAAGAAUUCAAUUUUAUGAGAAUUAAAGUAUUGCCAAAAAUGUGUAACUUUAAAUGACAUAACUAUUAAAACAUAUAUUUGGAAUUUUAAAUAAAAAUUGUGAUAACAGUUCCUAAUUUUACUAGUUAAUUAAUCAAUCAAUCAAUCAAUCAAUGUUUACUUAUAUAGCCCUAAAUCACUAGUGUCUCAAAGGGCUGCACAAACCACUACGACAUCCUCGGUAGGCCCACAUAAGGGCAAGGAAAACUCACACCCAGUGGGACGUCGGUGACAAUGAUGACUAUGAGAACCUUGGAGAGGAGGAAAGCAAUGGAUGUCGAGUGGGUCUAACAUGAUACUGUGAAAGUUCAAUCCAUAAUGUCGAGCGGGUCUAACAUGAUAUUGUGAAAGUUCAAUCCAUAAUGGAUCCAACACAGUCGCGAGAGUCCAGUCCAAAGCGGAUCCAACACAGCAGCGAGAGUCCCGUUCACAGCGGAGCCAGCAGGAAACCAUCCCAAGCGGAGGCGGAACAGCAGCGAAUUAAAAAAAAAAGUGUUUCUGUAAUAUAAUGAUCAUACAGCUAUGCUAAAUGUGAUCUAGCUACCUAAAUUCACAUAGGAAGUGCUUUUUUUUUAAUGGACUGUUUACGUUGUUGAAAUAAUGACUUUUCUUAUAUAAUUUUAACAAUUGUUUUUUUUAAAUAUAUGAGUUAUUAAAGGUAGUUUUUUUUUAAAAUAACAGGUUUUGAUUGGAAACAUAAUUAGAUUAGAUUAGAUGGAUUAGAUUAUACUUUAUUCAUUCCGUCAGGAGAGUUCCUUCAGGAAAAUUACAAUUUUCAGCACAAUCCCAUUCAAGAUCAGACAAACAUUACAGGGAGACAGAACAGGAUCGCUGACGGGUCUGCCGGCUUCCAGCGCCCCUUACAAAAAAAAGAUGAGAUACAGGUAAACGGGGGGGGGGAACAGAAGAUUAAAAUGAAAUUUAAAAAAAUCGGUCUUAGCCUGGGCCUUGGAGAGGGGGUGCAGACGGAGGCCAAGGGGAAAAAAUUUUGUAUAUAUAUAUAUAUAUAUAUAUAUAUAUAUAUAUAUAUAUAUAUAUAUAUAUAUAUAUAUAUAUAUGGUCAAGCAUGAAAAUAUUCAUACCGUGCUAAUUGAGAAAAACAGCAAUAUACAUAUAUAUAUAUAUAUAUAUAUAUGUAUAUUGCUGUUUUUCUCAAUAUGGCAGCGUUAUUCUCAUAACAGUAGGUCUUGUUUUAAUUGUAAUUGAGUCUUUAAAUCCCUUCUCGUCUGGCCAAAGUCUACUUUGACAUUUCUAAACAACAUUACAUGACAUUAUAGUAACAUAACUGCAGAAAUGUUGAGCGCAAGUAUAGAACGUCGUGCUGCUUCGUGAGCCUUGUGUUGCAAUGUAAGUUACCCACUUAAUGUCAUCACAUUUUUAACACGACUUUGUUUGUUGAGCUUUCUAUGAUUUGUCUUCCGUCUUUCUAUUUAUUUAAUUUGUAUUUUUUUGGGGAUAACAGAAACGACACUAUCUGCACUAAAAGGAAAUAUAAAAUGUAGUUGUGGCUGUUUUGCUUUCACAAUAAAAGGUGUAUUGAAAGUGA